AUGGUUGUCAUAAUUACUGACACUGAGUACAGUUUUGCAGCCAAUCAUAAUAUUGGACAUAUUUCGAUCAAUGUGAGACAAGAAAAAUCACAAGUCAGAGUAUUCAUGUCCACAUGCACAUCAAUGUUGAUAAAGGGAACCACAAAGUACAAAUUUAACUGUCUGUACAGUGCAACAAAUAAAAAGCAAACCAAUUCUUUGUGCUUUCAGGUGCCAGAAGGAUUUGAAGACAUUGCUGUUGAAUUUUCGAGAGAAGAGUGGGACAUAUUGAGUGACCAGGAGAAAGAGCUGCACAGGGAGGUGAUGGUACAGAACUAUGAGAACAUGAUUUCUGUAGGUUACAACAUCCCAGUGGACCAGCUGUGGUUAAUUAUUAAGAAACAUGAGACAAUUCCACCUGGUGACAGUGAAGAAGGAAUGAUGGUUCAACAAAAGCAGCUUCCUGGUAACAGCACUGACAUCCACAGGAAUGCAGAUUUCAGGGAAAUUCAGAGUCAGCUGCCAUCAUGUGGAAUGUGGAAGAACUUUGGAUGUCCCAAAGCAUUGCCGGAUAAGGUGUUUAGUCCAAGAUAUGAUCUGGUACAAACCAAAAACCAGUACCACAACUGUGUGGAAAGCACUGAUGGGUUUGUACAGAAAACUGAACUUGAAAUGCAUCUGAAAACUAAAGAGGAAAAUCCAAUCAAAUGGGUUAAUUCCUGCAACACAUUAACCCUUCAUAGUGGCUUUUUGAAUCAUAGGGGGGGGAAUCAAAAGAAUGUGUUGGAAACAGAUGAACCUAUUUUCAGCAGCAAAAAGCUAAAUAAAUGCAUUGCACUUGUUAAUGAGAGAAAAGGUGACCCUCACAUACGUGCCACAUGUUUCACAAAGAAGGCAGGUUUGGUAAACCAUCAGUAUGUCAACAAUGAAGAAGAAAAAGUAUAUAAAUGUGCUGUGUGUGACAAAGUUUUUGUACAGAAAAUUAGCAUGAUAAAACACCAGUAUACUCACACCAAACAAAAUCCUCACAAAUGUAUUGUAUGUGACAAGACUUUUGCAGAUAAGUGGUAUUUAAUACAGCAUGAGAUUAGUCACACUGGUGACAAACCCUAUAAAUGCACCAUCUGUGACAAAAGGUUUAUAUAUCAGAAGUCUAUGAUAAGUCAUCAGAGCAUCCACGUGGGGAAGAAACCUUAUAAAUGCCCUACAUGUGGCAAAGAAUUUACCCAUAAGAGUAACAUGAGGCGACAUCAGUAUGUCCAUUCUGAGCACAAACCCUAUAAAUGCACCAUCUGUGACAAGAGUUUUGUAUCGAAGAGUAAAAUGGUAAUACAUCAGAGCAUCCACACUGGACAACAACCUUAUAAGUGCACUAUGUGCGAUAAGAGGUUUACACAGAAGAGUUCUAUGGUAACACAUCAAAACAUCCAUACUGGGGAGAAACCCUUUAAAUGCACCAUGUGUGACCAGAGGUUUAUAUAUAAGAAUUCUAUGUUAAGGCAUCAGAGCAUCCAUAUGGCAAAGAAACCUUAUAAAUGCCCUACAUGUGGCAAGGAAUUUACACAGAAGAGUCGCAUGAGGCAACAUCAAUAUGUCCAUUCUGAGCAUAAACCAUAUAAAUGCACCAUCUGUGACAAGAGUUUUGUAUCGAAGAGUACUAUGGUAAUGCAUCAGAGCAUCCACACUGGACAGCAACCCUUUAAGUGCACUAUGUGUGAUAAGAAGUUUACACAGAAGGGUGCAAUGACAAUGCAUCAAAGCAUCCAUACUGGGGAGAAACCCUUUAAAUGUUCCACAUGUGGCAAGGGUUUUACACAGAAAGGUAGCAUGCAGCAGCAUCAAUUUACCCACAGUGGGCAGAGACUCUAUAAAUGCUCCAAGUGUGACAAGAGUUUUGUAUGGAAGCGCAGUAUGGAAAGGCAUCAAAACAGCCACAGUAGGCAGAAAUCUUCUACGUGUGCCAUACGUGGCAAAUGAUUUAUUCAGAAAGGUAGCAUAAGGCAAUGUCAUGAUAUUUGCACUGGGCAGAAGUCCUGUAAAUGCAGUGAUUGUGACAAGAGUUGUGAGAAUAAAAGUGAAACGGUAAAUCACCACUUAAAGAUUCCAUAUAAAUGUGCUACAUGUAACAAGAAUUUUAAAUAUAAGGCAAACCUGACACAUCAUCAGAUUAUCCACACUGGUCCGAAUAGAGAGAUGAAAAAUCAGCAAGCAAAGGAGAGUAGUAGCGCUGAAAUUGAAUUCAUACUCAAGUCUUGGUG